AUGUAAAGGCCAUUAACCAGCAUCACAUCAUCGCAGCAAUAAUCGAAACUCUAUGAUAGUAGUAGUACAUCCUUUAGAAUUAAGGAAAACAAGAAAAAUCGUUAAAUGCCAUAAUAGAUGCUUUAUGACAAGGAGGGGUUGUAUGAGGAAAAUUUGAAAUUGAAGAAGGAAUUGUAAUAAGUCAAAUUCGAAUUGAAGAAGGAGAGACAAGAGCAUGCGAAUUUCGAGAAACAAGUGUAGAAAACUAAUGAAACUUAAAAAGAUUUUCAAGUCAUCUUGUCUUAGAGAGCAAAAAUCAAAGAGCAGGAUAAAUUAAUUAAGGAACUUGAGGACUAAGUCUUUAAGUUGAAACGAAAUCCUGAAAGGACUAAGAACAAAGAAUUGGAGGCAGAAAUAGAAGAAUAAAAAGAAGCAUAUCAAAAAUUGUAGUUGUACAUCAGUAGCAAAUGCAGCCAAGAUACAAAUGAAACUCUGAUGGUAAAUCAAUCACUAAAGGAUUAAAUUCAAAUCAAUUUAGUUUAAGCCUACAAACAAGACAACUUGAAUUUGUCUUAAAUGAUUCUCAGUUUAUAAUAGGAGAAUCAUGGUUUGCAAUAGAGUUUGUUAUCUCUCAAGAAUGAUAAGGAUAGAUUGACUGGUAGGUUGAAAGAUUUGGAGAAGCAAUUUGACUCUGUUAAUAAACACAUGAUGUAUAUGAGACAGGAAAUGCAAAAUACUAAAAAGUAAACUCCCUCUGAAGAUUAUUUGAAAAAGAUAGAUGAAUUGUAAUAAUAGGUCUAAAAUUAAGCCAAAUAAUUAUAAUAAAAUAAAAAACUCAUAGAAGAAUUGGAGUCAAAGAAUGGAGAAUUACAACAUAAUUAUGAUGUAUUCAAAUCUAUGGAAAAUAAAGAAAAGGAAAAAUUGCAGGAUAGAAUCAAUAUGCUAAAAAAGUAGAUUGAGGAAUUGAAUUAGAGAAGAGAUGAUCAAGACUAAUCAUAAGAAGGUUCACUCUAAUCAAUAGGUCUUAAACAAGCAAUGACAAUUUAUGGUAGUCCUAGAAGUAAUAAUAGUCCUUAGAAACUGCAAUUAUAAUUACCUGUUACAAAUAAAAAACAAUGUUUAAAAGUAAAUUCUUAUGACAUCAAAGAAAUCAUGAGCAAUUUAAAAAUCAAAUUAUUGAGCAAUAAUAUUGAUUAUGAAACAUAGGAAUAAAUUCUGUGUGAAGGUGAUGAUGAAUAUAUGACUCUUGAAGAAACUUAAUUUACGUCUUUAGAAAGCACCCUUUGA